GCAACACAACAGCCGACAAGCGCCUCAAAUGACAGUCUGAAUCGCACAUUUUUUUUUAAUAUAGAUUGAAUUUAUUUUAUAAAAAAAAAAACCACAGCAACAAUCAUCCGAAAAUAAAAACGGCAAAAUAGAAACGAGAAAAAGAAACAACGACAAUCGAAAAUCAUAGAUUGACAUUUUUUCGUUACUGCUUUAAAAAUAAACGGCCUCAAAAUUAAUUACUCAAAGUAUCAUAACGCUAUGUCGUUAUCGACAAUAGCGAAGAAUUUGCUUUUUAAUAAUUUGCCAAACUCUCGUUUUUUGAGCAAAAUGUCUAAAAUCGAAUUGGCUUCUUCAACUUCAUGUUCUUCCUCGCAGCCUGUUCUUUACUCGUACUGGAGAAGUUCGUGUUCGUGGCGUGUUCGCAUCGCACUUAAUCUGAAGGAAAUACCGUAUGAUAUAAAGGCGAUUAGCCUUAUCAAAUCAGGUGGCGAACAACAUUGCAAUGAGUAUCGUGAAGUCAAUCCAAUGGAACAAGUUCCAGCAUUACAAAUUGAUGGGCACACACUUGUUGAGAGUGUUGCGAUUAUGCAUUAUCUAGAAGAAACACGACCGCAACGGCCACUUUUACCGCAGGAUGUACAUAAGCGAUGCAAAGUGCGGGAAAUAUGCGAAGUUAUUACAUCCGGCAUUCAACCGCUACAGAAUCUUAUCGUUUUAAUCCACGUAGGCGAAGAAAAGAAAAAAGAAUGGGCACAACAUUGGAUAACACGCGGUUUUCGUGCUAUCGAAAAGUUACUCUCCACUUCAGCUGGUAAAUUUUGUGUCGGCGAUGAUAUUUCGAUGGCUGAUUGCUGUUUAGUGCCACAAGUGUUCAAUGCUCGAAGAUUCCACGUAGACCUGCGUCCUUACCCAAUCAUAUUACGUAUUGAUCGAGAGCUGGAAAGUCAUCCAGCCUUCCGAGCAGCUCAUCCUUCAAAUCAACCAGAUUGUCCGCCCGAAGCAGCCAAAUAAUCAACAAUCAUUCAACCACGUUGCAAACGAAAUGAAACAAACGCAAAAGAAAAAACAAUCGAACAUUCUAUCAUUCCAUUAUGUCGAUUUUACUUUUACCAUUACUUUUUUCCCAUAAAAACGGAACGAGAUAAUUUCGUGUCUAAUUACUUAUUCACCUUAAUAUAUUCUUUACUAAUUAUAUUCUUUUUA